AUGGCAGUCUUAGCUUUGUUCCUUGUGGAACCCGACGAUUGCAGUGAAGACGAGGCCGAGAAGGUCCUGAAGGAUGCUCGGAGUGGCAUAAGGAAAGCCGUCGAGCAAAAGAACCUGCAUGUUAGAUGGCUCGUCAUGGGCUUCCCGUUGGGGAUAGGCCCGAUCUAUUCCAUGGAAGUUCUUUUCGAUGGGCCACCCGAGUUGUUGGACGAGGUCCCUCGAGGCAAACCUGGAGUAACAGGAGACCCGAUAUAA